CGCCGCGCACGCACGCCGCCAACCUUCUCAAAACUCUCAAACGCAAGCGAAACCAUGUCCGGGGACAAGAUUCUCCUCGCGGGCGCCGCCAUGAACGGCCUCUACGGCCUCCAGAUCUUCAGCGACCAGGAUAAGGCUGCCGAGACGUUCUACGGCCAGACCAAGCCCGCCCAGUCCGAGAAGGGCGUCGGCCAGUGGCUCGGCUUCUCUAACCUCGCCAGCGCGGCCAUGCUCGCGGUCGUCGCCAACACCACGGACGAGAACACCAAGACCAACGUCAAGAAGGUCAUGAUUGGCGUAUCCCUCGCCGGGGCUCUCAUUGCGAAGAACCAGGUGGACGAAUUCGGCUUCGACAAGAAGCAGUCGGACAUGGCGAUCGGCGCCAACCUCGCCCUCGCGGCCGUCGCGGCCAGGGACGUCUUCGGCGAGAAGAAGUGAGCGCUAACGCGCUGACGCCCACCGGGGGCGGGGGGCCGAAGGACGACCAAGCAGCAAGAAGCGGCGUUGUUAACCCCUCGAUAUCAUAUCAUAACGCUAUCGCCGGAGAAAGAGAUCCGAAGAAGAAAAAA